ACUUGUCGACAUCGCCGAGUCAUUCUGUUUCCGCCACUCGAUAAGAUGGUUAAUAGUAAAUGUGUCGUGAUUUUGUUACUAACAAUAACUAUAUCAAAAGGCAUGCCGUCCCCCGAGGACACCACCAAGAAAACAGACACCAAGCAAGACUCUCUGUUUGGCCUUCCAUUUUUGGAGUUCAAAAACGGCGGAGUUCGAGUAAAUUUCGCUGGCUACCACGCGGAAGCCGGUCUCGGAGGUUUGUUAACCGGAAACGGUAACGGAGGCGGUCUUUUUGCUGGAGCAGGAACGCCAUUUGGCGCGCACGCAUCAGCAGAACUCGGCGGUUCGGUUAACGGCAACAAAGGAGGCAACGCUGGCGGAGGCUUGCACGCACGAGCUGGACUAGGAAAUGGCGGUCCAGAAGCAGCUGCGGGUCUCGGUGGGAAUUUGGACGGAUCUGACGGUUCCAAGAACGGAGGAGUUCUUUACACAGCGACCAGCAACAGAGGAAGAACUAGGAUUAUCUCCAAGAGCAUUGGUGGCGCUCCUAGCGGUGAUGUUCCUUCAGUUCCUUCGGUUCCCAACGAAAGCAACAUUCAAUUAAUUUCUAGAAAUCAGAAACUGAGUUCAAAUGUCCAGAGUGACGGCUUAGUCAGACGCGAGAUCGACUCACCCGAAGGGGUCAAUAUCGUCGAACCUUUGCCCGUACCCGCACCAGUGCCACAAUCCGCAUACGCUUACGCAAACUCGCGCUGUCGCAAGAAGAGGAGGCAAAUUUGCAACAGACUCACCAAGACAAUAAUUCAACAACAACUUCCUCUUGCACAAGUACCUGCAGAUUUUGUUCAACCCGAGUUGUUGACUCAACCUCAACCCUUGCCGCUAGACGCCCGCAGUACUAAAAUUGUUCCCCAAAGUUCUGGAACAGAUGUCGCACUAGCGCCAGGACCCGCGCCAGCUGUCGCUUCGUCAAUUCCCGCUCCUGCUUAUGGACCAGCUAGACCCAAAACUCUUUUUGAUGACAUUUUUAAUAUUCCCAUAUCAACUUUGCACGCCGUAAACCAGUUGCUGAACAGCAAAGUGGGAUGAUCUGGACUUGGAGUCAUCGCGUACCAAGGACGCUCUUUUCUCAAUUUAAUAUUUAUUCUUAUUUUUUACAUUAGUGUAAUGCAUCAUCAACCUGUUUAUGCGUCUUUGUUCAGAGGCGCGGAAAAAUCCAGAAUUACCUUUAAUUGAGAUGACGUUUUGUACGUAUGAUUUACGAUCCAUGAUCUGUCAUUAAUUAAUACUUGUAUUAUUUAACAUCACUGCGUGUCAGUGAACACUUUUAUUGCGUCCAAAGAUUCACGAUCAAUGUACCACUGUUAUUACUUUUUUUAUUACCGUUUAUUAUUAUGUUAAAUUAACAUGUUCAUUUAUUUCUUUUUUUAGCUGAUUAUACAGUUUUUGAUGUUGGUUACAUUUUUAGCGAUCGCUAAAUUAUAGGAGUGAGUGGUUGUAAUCAAUAUUCACGUACUUUGAAAUUAAAUACAAAAACAUUGAUUAAAAUUU